AUGAAGAUCUUGCACAAAUCGAAGAAAGCGGUGCCUCCACCAACUCAAGUGGCAGAGCUAAUAACGAAACUGAUCAACACUUCAACAAGCGAACUUCUCGAUGUUUUGUCCCAGAUUGACUCUUGGAAAUGGCCGCGGUCCGAUCUCAAUGCUUGGAUCAAGGUCCUGAACAAGUUCGACGGCAUUUUGGAAGAAAUAAUCAAUGAGUAUGACUUAGACAAGCUACAACUAAAUCCAUUCACUCCUACCUCCAAACGUCUUAUCGCUGAAAUACUCCGUUUCGAGCGGUUGUUGCUUGAAAAUUCCACAAACAGGAAGACAUUCAGCUCAUACGAUCGGUUGAAUAGCCUCCUCUUCACGUCCGAUUUGGACAUUCUUGUUUUGGCGCUGAACCUCCUCCUCCGACCAUCUCAGCAGUAUUCUGCCCAACCUUCCGUCUCUCAUGCGCUCAGUAUCUCUACAACUCGUCUACAAUCUCUCGCGAAAAAGUGGCCACAUUUGCGUGAAUAUGGAAUUGGGCUAGUGGACCUUUCUUGUGGCGAAGGCAACGCAGAGCUUGAAGCCCUUCCUGCAGAGGCCCGCGAAGUCAACUUUACCUUCUACAGGACGACAGAAGGUACUGGAGCUGGGGAGAAGAAAGCAGAGGACUCUGUGGAGCCCACCUCACAGGAGCGGAGUGUUCCAGGCGCCGUCACCGUGCACAUUGGAGAAGCAACGGUGCUUGCACAACCAGUCAUGAAUGUUUUGGCCGACGCUAUUGACGCAUAUUCUAUUCCGGACAGCGAAAAAUUUGAAGUCCUAUGCCGCAUCCGUACCGCCGCAUCAUUGGUAAAGGACAGGACAGCGGACCGUGAAAAGCUCGUCAUUAUUAGACUUCUAGCCAUCGCCAUCUACGGUCACACCCACCCAGAGUCUCAAGCUACCUCGAAUCUGUUCCUCUACGAGCCGGAUUUAAUUGUUCACAUCGCGGAGCUGCUUCAAAUCGAUCACGGGAUUCCAGUGCAGGUUCAGACAGCAGCCAUUGCCGCUCUAGACGCCUUGGCACGGUAUAGAAACCGUAUACAAGAAGUUUUGACUGCUGUUAAUGCUGGUGUCAACCAUGGCAUAUUAAUGGCCCUUGUACGAAAAACAGUUGGCGAUGUCGCGAACGAAGAAUCCAGGCUCCCCCAUACGUUUAUUGAAGCUCUGCUUUCUUUUGUGACAUUCAUUGCGUCACAUGCAUCGGGUGGAAAUAUGGUUAUUGGUGCUGGUUUAAUCCCUCUCCUCAUCCAGAUGAUAGACAACAAGUCGCCCCUUCGACUACAAGCUGUAUCUAAGACGAUGCAAUUGGUUGAUAACGUCCUUUACAGCUUCACCAAUGCCUUCCAUCUUUUCUGUGGUGCGCGAGGAGUUGACGUUCUCGUUGAGAGAAUUGAGCACGAGGUUGACUUGGACAUCAAAGAGAAGGGGGAUUCGAUUUCAUCUCCCGAAAUUAAUGGGACUUCUGGUGAACUUCCGAUCGCAAGAGUAGCAGUUCUGAAACAUAUCCUACGUUCAAUGCAUCGGAUGAUGCAAUCCUCUGGCACUACGGAAGGUCUUCGUGGAUUAAUUGACAUGUCCCUUCUGAGGUCAGUCAAGAAGAUCAUUGAAUAUCGUGGGCUGUUUGGGUCCAGCAUACUGCCAUUUGCGAUCAACAUCAUGGCGACUUUUGUGCACAAUGAGCCGACUUCUUUAACCAUCAUCCAGGAAGCUGGACUGCCCAAAACAUUCUACGAAGCGAUUGAGGCGGGAAUUGAACCAUCCAUCGAGGUUAUCCAAGCCAUCCCGAACGCAAUCGGGGCACUUUGUCUCAAUGAAUCUGGACAGGCCCAAUUAGCAAACCGCCCGAGCAUAAUUCCUGCAAUUUUCACAAUAUUUACUUCACAGCGACAUCUCAAAGUUUUGAUUGAAAAGGAGAAUGCAGUUCUCAUUGGCACAGCUAUCGACGAGCUUAUUCGUCACCAUCCGACGCUGAAGAGUGCUGUUUUUGAAGCUUUGAAGUCAACGAUGAGUAACAUUGAGAAUCUUGGGUUGUCGUAUCGCAUUCCGAAGGAUAUUCUUCAAUGGUACCAAUUGAUACCUGUUCCGGUCCUGGCCGCCGAUGUUGAUGUCACAAUGGAAGAAGCAGACUCAGAGGCUUUGGCGAGACCAGGUACUGUCGCCGCAGAGGAGCCCUUGUUGGGUGAAACAGAUUCCGAAUAUGAGGAUGCUGUUAAAGCUCACGAUAAUAUGGUGGUGUCAUUCAUUGAUAUUUUGGGUCGCUUUCUGGAAGGUCUAUUCCAGCAUACGCCACAUUGCAAGGACUUCAUCACAGAGACGGAUGGACUUUCUCAUCUUGGCCGAUUUACUGCUCUUCCGUGCUUGCCCUUCGAUUUUGCGAAUAGUGUAGCGUCAGAUUCAAUGGUCCAAGUCAUGCGUACGAUGACAGAGGUGGCCACGAGCGAAACCCUUCUACAUUUGGCAACCCUGGUCAAGGAUUCAUUGGCGGAGACUCAUGGGUUCUGGGAAAAUGUUACAGAACCAUCCAAAUUGCUCCCAUUGAUUGACAUUACGGAUGGUGAAUGUGAAUUAGCAAAUGAGCGUUUUCGAUGUCUUGUGACGCUCCAUAUCCGGAUCACUCUGCUCUCUGACGUCUUUGCCACAGCAGGAUAUGCUCAUGGGCGGGGAGCAAUUGGUCUCCUUCAAACAUUUAUGAAUAAUACCUCGCCUCUAGUCGUAGCAGACCUUGGGUCACUCCAUCGAGCCAGUAUAUGGGAAAACAUCGCUCUCAACGCUGGGCUCACAUUGAGGGGGAUAAAUUUGCAGACAAGCCCCUCAUCGUCGCCCCUGGAAGGAUCUCCAAAGCGAUCCGAUGUCGAUCUUCCAGACGAGAACCCUUUCGCAGCCAGCGGUUUGAGUGCCACAAAUGGAGUUCAAGCAGAGGACGGGACCAAUCCCAUGCUUGUCAACGGGAUGGAUCGGUCCAGUCACAACGAUCCUCGGAAUAACAACGCUUCAGCCCUCAAACACAUCACGCAUGGCCUGCCCAAUGCUCUGGCACCCUUCUUCCAAGCAAUGGUAAAGAUGUUUCACGCCAGGCGAAAUCCUGAUGCUGCACAGAAGAAACAAAUGGCGGAGUCUUCAAAGAUUGUCGCCGACAUUAUGUUAAAGCACCUGAGCGUCGAAGGUCACCAUGAUACGGCUUCUCUCUUUACAUAUUACAGCGUCAUUUUGGGUUUACUCGCCCUUUUACUCUAUGAUGACCGCACUUCAUCAAGCACCUUACACACAGUACAACUCGCAGCCUUUUACCGCGCGGACGGAUUCCCUGCAUUAUUCAAUGUCUGUGGGGCGUUCAUGUCAAAGAUUGAGGUGAUUGUGAACAUAGGGGAAGGCGAUCGCACAGACGUUCAACGAAAAGAUCUCUUACACGCAUACGGAGGCCUCAAAGUGGCACUGAGCUUGCUUCACCCUAUCAUCUCAUCGAGGCCCCUCCUUGAUUCCGGUCAAACGUUUUUACUUGUGAGCCGUGACAAGAAGGACACAGAUCCAGAUUACUUUGAACCGCACAAUUUUCUUGUCAGACUUCGAACGGCAGCCCUACCUACAGUACGAAGGCUGUGGGAAUCAUCGUGGCUUGUGCAAGCCCCCCUUGGUGUCAUCAGAGCCGUGGUGCGCACGGUUUUGGAACUGGCGAACGGGGAAAACGAGGAGGCGAAAGUAGAUCCAAAUGCCGACGUUGCUUCGGCCCCUGCAGGGGUUCCCCGUCCAUCAGGUCUUGAUCAAGCUCGCGUCCACAUAUUAACAGACAUGGGAUUCCCUCGAUCAGCCGCCGAGCGUGCCCUUACCCGGACGCAUAACAACGUCAAUGCUGCUACUGAAUACCUUCUCUCUCAUCCUUUCUCCUUGAUCUCAGACCCUGAAGCUGAGCAAAUUGAAGAGCCAAUCGAGGACACAAACAUAGAUGAAGUUCCAACGGAUCCCAGUGCGGAAGCAAACAUACCUCUAUCUCCGCAUGCUGCUUCGCCCUCACUCGAUUCUACUGUUUCAAUAAAGGGUUCAGAUGGUUGGCGGAAAUCGUUGAAUGAAGCUCGAGAACCUCUUGUUGCCAGCAUCAGCCGACAGUCACUUUUGCUAAUCGAUGAGCACACUCAACUUCUCUUCGAUCUCCAUGUCGCUUUCACGAAAGCUAACAAUACACAUCAAACGCGCGCAGUACAGGAUCUUGUUGACGACGUCAAAGCUUUUUCACUGUCCCCUGAUAAUGCACACGAGCAACCGCUUGCGAAUAGAUGCCGCCUCCUUGCGCUGGUUCUUUGUGAAGCACCCGCUUCACUCGAAAUGGAGUCAAGAAAUACCUUGUUGGACCAACUAUUAGCAUUGUUGUUGCCUAGCAUUGACCUCAAACAUCCUCCUCGAUGGCUGGCGUCACAUCUACUUGUCACAGAAGCACUUUUUACAUUAGCUGAAGAGCCCCGCACCAUCACUCUACCUAAAGAAGCGGAUGCCAUUGUUGCAGAAGCCAUACCAGUGGGCCCCAAACACUUGGAAGCUCGGGGAGUCAUCUUCGAUUUCUGUCUACGCCUCCUUGAAGUGGAUGACUUGGCUUCAGAUGAACUGCUUUCCGCUCUACGACUUCUCGUGUUGUUCACUCGAGACAAGGACAUGGCUUCUCAGUUUGUCAACCGCGAAGGGCUUGACCUGCUCUUCAAACGCAUUCGAGCGUCUCCUGUAACCGGAGGUUCUUCGUACAUUGCCACCAUCUUACGUCAUGUUGUGGAAGACUCUACGACUGUCCAACAUAUCAUGAAACAAGCUAUCAGGAGAUAUUUUGCGCAACCAAGAACCCGCGUUGUUGAAAUAGCUACCUACGUUCGAAAUUGUAGCGCCAUGGCCCUCCGAGACACAGCACUUUUUAUUGAAACAACGUCGUCCCUUUGCCAGCUUGGGCAACCGUUUACGGCAAGCCCCAAUAUCAGCCUUAAAGUUGCUUCACCGAAUCUGGAGGAUAAGGCAGAAGCAGUUGACAGCCGAAAAUCUCCUGAAAUGCAGGUAGAUAACCCCUCAUCACAUUCUGCCGCGCAGCCCAGAAAGGUCGUUGAGGCUCUUAUUCACCUCCUCAUCAACGAACUCAUGGCCACAUUGAAAACGAUCAACGAUCAACCUCCGCCACCACCCGCACGCGUAGGCACGCUUUCCUCUGCUUCAGAUGUAGCACUGGCCACAUCUGAGAUUUUGGCUGACCCUGUCGUACAUCCGGAGAGCACAGAAAAUGUGGAAGAGCCGAUCAACAUCUAUGACAAAUACCAAUAUCUUUGUUUCUUGAUGCAAUGCCUCACCGAGUUACUGUUCUCUUACGACACUUGCAAGUUAGCCUUUCUCUCGUUUUCCCCAAAGAAACGGUCCCAGACACCAGCAAAGGAGCCUAUGAACAGGUUUAGGACAGUCACAUUGCACUUCCUCCUUAACGAGCUCAUCACUUUCGGCACAAUAAAUCCUCAGCCUGAUGCCAGAGCACGUAAUAGGAUUACUCUUUGCAAUUGGGCUAUGUCGGUUGUGGUUGCUCUCUGCGUUGACACAUCUUCAACGCAUGAAGUGAAGGACGUGUCGUCCGAUUUGGUAUCCGUUCGGAAAUUUGUUCUGGAAACUCUCAGUCGCGCAAUCAAAGAGCUCUCUCCGUCGGAAAGUAUGGAAGCAAGAUAUGGUCGUUUGCUUGCUCUCGCCGAUCUCUGUCAUCGGCUCUUGACGGUGCGGUUUAACACAGCUUCCCGUGAUCGGAAACAUCUGGAUGAAGUUCCUACACAUCUGGCUAAGGUUAUGUUAGAAAAGAAUUUCGUUGCUACCCUAACGACGGCUCUUUCUGAGGUAGAUCUCAAUUAUCCCAAUGUUCGCAACCUGGUAACAUCAAUUCUUCGACCACUCGAACACCUAACAAAAAUUGCAAUCAAAAUGAGUCGAAGUUCAAGCAAAAGUAAGGAAGAGAGUGGUGCUCCUCGAUCUGCUAGUCAGUCUUCCUUCGCCUCCGGAGAAGACGAUGAUCUGGACGAUGCAGGCCGGGAGGAAACUCCUGAUCUGUACAGGAAUUCCGCCCUGGGCAUGUAUGCAGGCGAGAUGGAUGAUGGUCAUUACCCUGAGGAUGAGGAAAUGGAUGAUGAAGAUGAAGACGAAGACGAAGACGUUGAAAUGGAUUUCGGGGAGGAAACUGGGAGCGAGGACACUUCGAAUACAGAGGAUGAAGCAGACGAAGAUGAUCUUGAAAAUGUAACACACAACCCGAGUGAAGUCUGGGAUGAAGGAGAGGAAGAGGAAGAGGAAGGUUUGGUAGAGAAUCAUGAUAGUCACGACGACGACGAUGACGACGAUGACGAAGGUGAUGACGACGAAGGCGAGGCCGAUGAAGAGGCCGACGAAGAAAUGAUGUGGGAGGACAUCCGUGGUGAAGCCAAUGGUCUAGAAACCUCCCGGGAUGAUCUAGACGAGGAAGAGGAGCAUGGGGUUCCCAUUCAAAUCAUCCACCAUGAGGAAGAGGAACCUGAUAUGGGCUCCGACGAAGAGGAAUUCGUCAUGGAAAAUGGCGUUUUCAGCGGCGAAGGUAUUUUCAACUUUGGUGGAGGUUUGGUAACGACAGGUGGUGGCCGAGAUGGUGCUGGUUUGUUUGUAUCUCGUCGACGAGCCACUGGAGAUGACCAUGUGCAAGUCUUCGGACGGUCCAGAAACGCACCGUCGGCUCCUCCGGAGUCGACAACGCAUCCUCUCUUGCUUGACUCAUCAUCCGGAAAUAGGGCAUCGGUCAACCAGAGUAGAGGCUCACGUCAGACUCAGCGGAUUGUUGCAGGUGGAUCAAAUGAUUUCAUCCAAUCUAUUGAUGACAUACUCGGCGGAGGCUCCAUGCAUGUUUUACAACACUUGGGAGUUGUUUCCCGUGGACGUGGUGGUGGUCCAGAGGCUUUCCGGUUCGAUGUACCUGCUGGAGCCCUUGUGAAUCUCGACCGCGGCUAUGUUCCAAGCCGUCGCGUUAAUCAAGGCCUAUUUUCCGCCGCCAUCCGUGUUGAGAGGGCCCCACGACCCCCAGGACAACGGCAAGGGCGCGAAUUCGAUCCCCUGCUGACGCUACAACGAUGGGCAGAAGAAAUGAAGAUUUUGCAUGGCGACUUCGUAACAGAGCGUAUUGGAAAACUCAUAAAUCACGUUACACUGGCCCUUCUUCCUGCAGCAGUAGAAGCCGCGAAACAGGCCAAAUUGCGUGAGGAGGUGGAAGAAGCUGAUCGCCGACAGCAAGAGCAGAUGAAAUCAGAAGUCAAAGCAGCGGAAGAAAAGUACAGGGUUCCCGAAACAGAGCAGCCUGUUGUAGAAUCUCCUUCCAGCACUGCAGACGCCAUUCCCGCCGCAGCCUCCAGCGGAGAGGCUUCGACGAGCCCUCCUAUGCCCGCCGAUGAACGUCAGGGUGAACAAGAUCAGGUCAUGGAAAUGGCUAGCCCGGUGGACAUUGAUGCAGACACAGAGAUGGCAGAUAUUUCAGGAAAUCAGUCGCUCGUCUCUCCUCCAACAGAAGUUGAACCAUCUAUGGACCCUCACACUGAAGCACCUGCCGAGUCGUCAUCCGCCGCCACGACCACUUCUGAACGCGUUACAGUGAUAAUUCACGGCAGUGCAGUGGACAUAACUGAUACCGGUAUCGAUCCCACCUUUUUGGAGGCCUUGCCCGAUGAUAUGAGGGAAGAAGUUUUAAACCAGCAUGUACGUGAUCAACGUGCGGCGCGAGUUGAGCGACCCCCCGACUCGCAGAUCAGUUCCGAGUUUCUUGAAGCCCUUCCUCCCGAAAUCCGGGCCGAGAUCAUCCAACAGGAGGCAAUCGAACGGGCACGUCGGAGAGCAGAAGACGCGCCGUCAGGUGCAACAGUUGCUACCCCUGCCGACAUUGACCCCGCAAGCUUCAUCGCUAGCCUUGAUCCCACAUUGCGUCAGGCGGUGCUGAUGGAUCAAGACGAUGGCUUCAUUCAGACUCUACCUUCCCACAUGAUUGCAGAGGCUGGCGCAUAUCGUGAUGGACUGGCACCGCGUCAGAGAUUGGCAACUCGUGGCGCCCCUUCCCGUGCAAUGCCACCAGGAAUUCCUCAUGCAAGGAAGUUUUCACCCCUCCACGACGCAAUUCAACUUCUAGACAAGGCAGGCAUUGCCGUUCUGGUGCGAUUAUUAUUCUUCCCUCAAGUCUUCAAAAAGACUCUCCUCUUUAAGGCUCUUGUUCACCUCUGUGAGAACGCCAAAACACGUACGGAGCUCUUCAAUCUGCUCUUGAACAUAUUGCAAGACGGCACUGGUGACCUCGCAGCUGUGGACAAAAGUUUUUCUCAACUAUCUGUCAAAGGUUCGAAGCCACAAACGCAGAAAUCAGCAGGAAAGCAGAAAGCAGGGUCCGAGUAUCUAGCAGGAUUCCCCUUGCCAGCGUCACAUGUUGAAGCUGUUCCAGAUCUUAUCGCGCAGCGAUGUUUAGAGGCAUUGUCGUAUAUCGUUAGCGCCAACGAUCUCUCCUCGUUGUUCUUCCUAACGGAACAUGAACUACCCUUCGGGUUACGGAAAGCUGCCACGAAAAAGGGGAAAGGGAGGGAGAAACAGAUACCCCAAACGCAUUACCCGAUCGUCCUUUUACUGGGAUUGCUAGAUCGACAAUCCCUCCUUCGCACCCCUGCCAUCAUGGAGGCAGUUGUUAGUCUGUUGGCAACCGUCACACGACCUCUCACAAGUCUCAAGGAUAGGGAGAAGACAGAUAAAGUUCCUGAACCGGAAAUCACAACGUCAGCUAUAACUGCUGUUUCCGAUAGAGCACCUCCUACGGAUGGAUCGAGUACGAACGUCCAAGUGGAUUCAACGACACGCCCUUCGGAACCUUCGACGAACGAGUCGACGUCAUUAAAUGCUAGCGGAUCUCCUGUUCCAGCUGCCUCGGUUGAAAAUCCUCAGAAACUCUCUAUUGAAGCAGUUGAGGAGAAAAUUUUGUUGGCUAAUCCCCCUCAAGUUCCACAUGCAGUAUUACGACUCAUCGUAAACAUUCUGACCAUUGGGGAAUGCUCCGGGCGCACGUUCCAGCAGAGCCUGUCUUUAAUCCAACAUCUGUCUUACAUUCCGGACGCCCGUGACGUUAUCGCGCACGAAUUAAAGAGCAAAGCACAGGAAUUUGGACAAACACUUGACACGGACUUGGAGGAGCUGGCAGGUGCGCUACAAGAAGCCGAGAAUGACGUUACUAUUGGUUCAGUUGCCGCCAAGUUCUCUCCAGCAUCUUCGACACAGGCCAAACUGCUCAGAGUUUUGAAAACUAUUGAUUACAUGUACACCCCGAGGACUCCGCCACCCACCAUGGCUAACAACGACGUGGAGAAGGUGCAAUCUAUCUACGAAUCCUUCCGAUUUACUCCCUUAUGGCGGAGGCUUGGAGAUUGUUUGUCCGUCAUUGAGAAAAAACCUGACACUGAAAACAUUGCUACCGUUCUGCUGCCUUUAAUCGAAGCGUUGAUGGUUGUUUGCAAGUACGUGGGAUCGAAAGCGCAGCUUGGGACGGUUUCUCGUGCAUUGCACGCAUCUGCCUCUCCAAGGUCUCCUGCGACGCCUAGGGAAUCUAUGGAGGAUCUCUUUAUCAGCUUCACCGAUUCUCACCGAAAGGUUCUCAACUUGAUGGUGAGAAAUAACCCCUCUCUGAUGAGCGGUUCUUUCUCUCUCUUGGUCAACAAUCCCCGAGUUCUCGACUUUGACAACAAAAGAAACUACUUUAACCAACAAUUGCAUCGACGACCGCACGCACGAGAGCACCAUGGGACACUACAGCUCAAUGUCCGCAGAGCGCGUGUCUUCGAAGAUAGCUUCCAGUAUCUCCAGCGUAAGACAGGUGAUCAAAUCAAACAUGGAAAACUCAGUGUGCGUUUCUACGAUGAAGAAGGCGUAGAUGCUGGGGGAGUCACCCGUGAAUGGUUCCAAAUCUUGGCGCGACAAAUGUUUGACCCAAAUAAUGCUCUCUUUCAACCCUGCGCUGCAGACAAACUUACGUACCAACCAAACAAAAAUUCUUGGGUUAACCCGGAGCAUUUGUCAUUUUUCAAAUUCGUGGGUAGGGUCAUAGGCAAAGCAAUCUACGACGGACGGCUGCUUGAUGCAUAUUUCGCGAGGAGUUUGUAUCGGCAGUUGUUAGGCAAGCCUGUGGAUUACAAGGACGUUGAAUGGGUUGAUCCAGAGUACUACAAAUCUCUUUGCUGGAUUCUGGAAAACGACCCUACCGUUUUGGAUCUAAAUUUCAGUGUGGAGGCUGACGCGUUUGGUGUUAAUCAGAUUAUUCCUCUCAAAGAAGGAGGCGAGAGCAUCUCUGUUACGCAAGAGAAUAAGCGAGAAUUUGUGCAACACUCUGCCCAAUAUCGACUUUAUUCCUCAAUCAAGGAUCAGAUUGAGAGUCUUUCCACUGGAUUCUAUGAAAUCAUUCCCAAAGAUCUGAUCACCAUCUUCAAUGAGCAAGAACUCGAACUCCUUAUUUCCGGAACCCCAGACAUUGAUGUUGACGAGUGGCGAGCCGCCACCGAAUAUAAUGGGUAUACGAGCUCAGACCCUAACAUAGUGUGGUGGUGGCGAGCCCUCAAAUCUUUCAAUCGGGAUGAGCGAGCCAAGGUUCUAAGCUUUGCGACGGGCACUUCACGGGUUCCUCUGAGCGGGUUCGUUGAUCUACAAGGUGUCCAGGGUGUCCAGAGGUUCUCUAUUCACCGUGCAUAUGGAGAAAGCGACAGAUUGCCUCAGGCUCAUACAUGUUUCAAUCAGAUCGAUCUUCCACAAUAUUCCUCGUAUGAGAUGCUCCGACAACAGUUGUUGAUGGCUAUCAAUGAAGGCGGGGAGGGAUUUGCUUUUAGCUAG